AUGGAGGUCGACACUUGUGAAGAGGUUGCAGUGAAUGAGACAGAAGAGCCAAAAACGACAGAAAUCAAAGGUCUACCAAAGUCGGGCCGAUGGUGGAAAGAGACUCGUAGUGCCAGGCACAGUGCUGUGAUCAAAGUGAAACCUUUGAAAUCAUCAUGGGAAAAGAAAAUGGCAGAUAAAGCGAAAAUGAAGCAAGCCAAGUUGCUCCAGCAAGAAAUCCGUGAACGUCAACAACAAGAAAAACAGGAGAAGAUUGAGCGCAAGAAGGAACAGGAGAAACGUCGGCUAGAGAAUGAAAGGAAAGGCGAAGUUGUGCAGGUAUCAAAAAUACGGCGAAAAGUUACGCAAACUAAUCGAGAACAGUUAAUUGUAGAGAAGCGAGACACAAGCUAG